AUGUCUGCCAUGCUCCGGACCGGCGCUGCCAUAGCUUUACCAACGCUUGGACUACCGUCCAAGCUUGCUGCCGUUGAAGAUACCAUGGGCACUCCUCUCGAAGGUCAUUCCAGUGACCCCAGCACAGAGCCAUACAACAUUGCGCGCCCCACAGCUGAAGCAUUGACUCCCGGGGAACCACUGCAUCUCCAAUCUCAGCCGACCGACAUUCAAUACAUCACGGCUACCAACCGAGAGUCCACCAGCUCAUACUACGAUGCUCACCCAGAAUUGGAGACUGCGGCUUCCAGCGCCGCGGCCUCCGAUGCGGCCCCAGGAGGACAGCAUUCGCCCAGGAAAUCAACUCUAUUCCGCUCUAAGUUCCUCAGAGCCGGAGCUGUUCUCGUCUUCGGGGCACUGCCAUUGGUCGUGCUGCCAGGCGUCAUGGCGGGAGUCCUGACGAGACAGAUCCUCGUGGGCAUUGGGCUGUCCAGCGCGAUUGCCACCGUGGCGGGCUUCUUCGCCGGGUACUACUACCAUAUCAACAGGGCGGGCUAG